AUGGUUUCCCUCUACAAUGCCUCCAUCCCCAUGAUGAUCAAAUACCUCGGGAACCUCAAGCUCAUCCUCACCAAAGCCGAGAAGCACUGCGUCGACAAGGGCCUCGACCCCCAAGAAAUGAUCAAGUUCCGUCUCAUCGCAGACAUGCGAGGCCUCGACUACCAGGUCCAGUCCUGCUCCAACACCGCAAAAUUCAUGGCAACCCGCCUCGGCAAGCAGGAGGACGUCUUCUUCGCAGACGACGAGACGACCUUCCCCCAGCUCCAGUCCCGUGUCGACCGCACCGUCGACAUCCUCAAGGCCAUCCCGCCCGAGUCGUUCGAGGGCAAGGAGGACGCCGAGGUCAUCCUCGAGUCCAAGAUGGGCAACUUCAGGUUCACGGGGUACACGUACGCGAUCCAGUACGCGUGCCCCAACUUCCACUUUCACCUGGGUUCUGCGUACUGCAUUCUGCGCCACUUGGGCGUGCCCCUGGGGGCGUUUGAUUACCUUGACUCGCAGAAGGACUUGUUCAUCAAGGUGGACAAGGCUUCUUCCUAG